CUCCUCGUCCCCCCCUUACCCUGCUCCGGGCGACUCUAGGCCGAGAUCCCACUUGGCGCUGUGGGCAGCAGCUGCACCGCAGCUGGGACUCGGCCGGAGGGUGUUUCUGCGCCUCCCCUGAGGGUCCCGUUUGCGCGCUGAGGUGGCUGUGGUGAUCUGGGGACGGGAAUGGUGGACAGCUUCCUCAGGGGUCUUAAGAUACUUGUGGUGUUUGAUGGCGGCUUGAGCGGCCGUGCAUAAGCGUACAUAAAGAGGAAACUUUAAAAUGAAGGUCCAGAAGACAAGAUUCUGUUUGUUGCAGAAGUAAAAUCUUUAUAAAGAAGAUCUCAAAGUGCAGUGUAAUCUCACUGUUUAGUUUUUAGAAGAAGCUGAAAGCUCCUCUCACUUUGGAAGCUUGAUUGUGGGUGGGUGUUUUUGUUUUAUUUAAUGUGAGUAAAACUAUAUGAGUGAAUCACUUCUGCAGCCAGUGAAUUACUCAAUAUUUACACUUGUUUCUUUUAAAUUUACUAUUAAAACAGAGUACCAGGAUUAAUUUAAGUGAAUUAAGGAAAAACAUAGGUGUUUGCAAAGAUCAGGCAUCUAAUUGAGGGAAAAAAUGUGUCCUGAUUUGAUGAAAAAUUGUAUUAAAGAGAUCCCUGAAAUAAAAAUUGGUUUAUAGUCUUUGAACAUCUGAUCCAGAAUAGCAUUCAGUUUUCUGGGUGAUCUGACACUUCCUUUUCCCUGUGCAGACUCUUUAUAUUAAAAUACUGAAUGUUCAUUUAAAAUGACGCCAAAAUUACAGCUGGAAUAAUACCCCAGAUUUUUUCCAUGUAUUUGGAUCUUUUCUUUUUACAAAAAAAACCCGAACCCUAAAACUUUAAUCAUGAACUGUGGAAAUGAUUUUGUGGCAAUUCUCAAGAAAAUUGGAUAUCCAAAAGCUGAUGAGCUUAAAGGAGAUGAUUUUGACUGGCUGGUUGAAUCUUUGAAAAGCAGAUCAUUCCUGGAGUGUUUUUUUAGCAAUAUAAAUAAGCAGUAUGUGGUAUCUGAACAAGAACUGCAAGAGUUUGAUAAUUUUCGUGAGUCUGGUAAGCCCGUUUUGGAAGGAAAUGCACUGGAUGAAGUCCUUAAAACUCUGAAGCCUGUGGAUUCAAAGAGCAGUAGACAAGAGGAGGAGGAACUGAAGACAUUAAAGGAUGAGCUUCAGAUUCUUCAGAAGUUAAAAAAACUUCAAAUUCAUCGGUAUAAUAAGCUUCAAAUGAUGGUUUCUGAAAACAGCCAUCUGUUACAGAUGUUAAAAGGCAGAGAGAAGGAAGCACGUAAAGAAUUAAAAGAAGGAUUGGAGGUGUUUACUGUGGCAGCUAAUGAACUUAACAAUGAACUGCUGUCUUUUACGGAUGCAACUAAGAAAUGGGCCUCUUUCGUUACUGCUUCAGAUUCAGAACAAGGGUCAGAUCCACAGCCAGUUUUUUUUUCCCAACUUUCUUUGGACAAGUAUUUGGCUCAGGAAGAAGAAAACUCUGCAGCUCUUAGCUCACACAUAAACAAAAGUUUUGAUCAAAGUGUGUCUAAAUGGGUUGAAAAUUCACAUGAAGGCAGCUUUCAGUUUGCAGAUGUCAGUGAACAAGACACUUGUGAGGAGACUAAUGAAAUCUCUGAGGAGACUCAAGAGGUGGUCAGGCUCCAGACAGCAUAUAUUUGUGCUCAACAUCAGCUAAUUCACAUGCAAGCCAAAGAGGAGAGCCUGAAUUCAGCUAUAAAGUGUGCAGAGAGCAUGUUGCAGUCCUUAAACAGCAAGGAUAUUGGGGAACAAGAAAACCUCACUGGCAAAAUACCUGGUUUAAGUGAUGAAAUUUCAGCAAUUAAAGAAGAUAUAACUCGGAUAAACAAUGAAGAGCUGAUGCCCCUUCUGAAGGAGAAGGCAUCACUUCUGAGCAUGCCUGUGGAGAAAUGCUACUUGGAGCAUCAGAUUGCUCAGCAAGAGUAUUGUGCUUCAAGACAAAAUGAAAUAUUCAGGCAUUUGAUAAGACAGAAGGCAUCAUUUGAACUUAUUCAGCUAGACUGUGAAAUGGAGUUUAGGAGAAAUAAGAAGAUCUCCUGUCAACUCGAGAAGUUGGUAGAAUCUCUAAAACAGCGCGCUGAUGAGUUGCAGCAGAGCCUACAGGAGAAAACUGAGCAAAUUAAACAUGCACAGCCAAGAAACACUAUUAGUUCAAAGGAUGGUUUCUCUUUCAGGCUAUAUCAGCUUCUGGAAGGAGAAAAUAAAACCCAAGAAUUAUUUAAAACAUACAAAGGCUUGGAGCAGAUGGCUCAGAAGUUAAAGCAGGACUGUGCUACAGCACAAGAUCAGCUAGCAGCCUCUUCUCAAGAACAGUCUCUCCUUUUGUCCAAGCUAGAAAGUGAUGUACAUACCCUUUAUGAUGAGCUGUAUCAUGGAGGAGGUCGAAUACAACUCAGUAAUCAGGAACUUGUUGAGCAGUUGCAGCAACUGGAAACCAAUGUAAAUAAAUUAAACAAACUCCUUAUUGAUCUGAUGGCUGAUGUGAAGUCAAAGAGAAGCUUUUUAGAGUCCAAUAAGCUGCUUCAGAUGGAAAGAAGCUUGUAUGUGUAUUUUUAUACAGAUGAAGAUCGCUUGAAAGAGAUGGUGGAGAAGCUGGAGCAGCAGGCUGAGGUGAAAGCCCAUGCUCUGGCAGAUGAGCAUUUUGCCACCAGUGGAGUUCUCAAUUUUUAAACUUCAGUGUAUUUUUAAGAAAGGAAAGUAUGUUAAUGUAAACUGUCUGUAAGCUUAUGGAAUGAUAACUAUUGGUUUAUCAAGGCUAACAUUUAUCUACCAUUGUGAUGUAUGUUUUAACUGCCACAGUUACCGGCUUUGGGUUGUAUGCUGCUUUAUGGCUUUUGGCAUCUGCCCACUGAGUUCACAUCUCGGUUUUGUCACAGUUCUUCAAUACGGAGUAAUACAUUGGUUAUUUAAAUGAA